CGACUUUGUCUACACGGGUAGGUUGUGAAGUGGACGGCUCACACCCGGUUCGUGAUAUGACACACUGGGGACGCAAUGUUCGGAAAGGUAGGAUGUGACGAGACUUUGCGAGUGCACGGUUCACGGAGCACGGUUCAGUAAACACCAAAGCCUUUACAGAGUUUUGAAAAGAGAACAGGUAACCGAGAUGGCAUUCAAGCGGUGAAUGUAAAAGAACGUGUUUAUGGGCUAUACCUUCUCGGGUAUUUCACCGACUGCACUUCGUACAUCAGGCAAGCUGGUCAGGGUGGAUAAGGGAUUGAAGAACUCCGAUACGAAAGACACUCACCUGGUGAUUGGUUCUUCUGUGCUUGUGGCGGCUGCAGGUCAUGAUGUCGUGUCCAUGGUUACUUCUCGUCCUGCUACUGCCAGCCGUGGCCUUCCUUAUUCCAGAUCAAUCUUCACAAACUAAAGAAGAAAGAGAUUUAUCAAAUUUCCUGAAAGAGCAGCUGGCGUUGAUGUCCCGGAAAGAGUAUCCUGCAGACGACUCAAAGAAACACCUGGAGAUGACAAAUCGUGACCAGCAUAACACAGAUAGUGGCUACAACAGCCUGCUGGCUAUCAUCCGAGACUACGUGGACGAGGAAAAGCGGGCCUUGCCUGUACACAUCUCUUGGAGGAGGCAACAAGCCCUGCAAACCUCCCCGAAUCAGAAUUUAAGGCGUCAGUGAGUGCUGAGACCAGACAGCCUGUGUGUGGACCAUCUCUACUCUGUCUAAUGAUGUGAUAUGCUACACACCCAUCAAGCUUCACAAAUAAAAUGGAACUUUUGGAGCAUCAACAACUUUGUAUAAAGUCUACUGAUAUAUAUAUAUCUCACACUUCAGUUUUCUGUGUAGAUGGUAAUAAAGUCUAUAUAUAUAUAUCACACUUCAGUAUUCUGUGUAGAUAGUAACAAAGUAUAUAUAUAUAUAUCACACUUUAGUAUUCUGUGUAGAUAGUAACAGGGUCUACAUAUAUAUCAUACUUUAGUAUUCUGUAUAGAUGGUAAUAAAGUCUUCAUAUACAGAUA